AGCUGCCCUAGCAACUCCACGGAGGAACCAACCAUAAGCGAGCUGGGGGCGAAUUUGCGUUUUCUGUGAAGGCAAGAAGAGCGAUCUUGUAAAUUCGAAGGAUCUGUGCUCACCGGACCUACUGACUCAAUGGCUUUGAGGAAAAACAGAGCGAUAUAAAAAACGAAUUGAUACAGGACCACGCGUCUUCAGAGAAGGAUUAGCGAGAGUGGUCUUUGUGCCUCCUUCAUCUCACACAUAGGCUGUCGUUUCUGCAUGACACGGGAAUAGUUUCCAGACCGUUAGUGGUGCCUGCACUCGAGACGACUGUACUGUAAAUGCUUAUUUGCAUUUAAUAUGACGUUAUCACGGAGCAACCUAACUAAGCGUCGCUAGGGUUGUAGUUAAAUACGUGGUCUGAUCAUAUCUUAAUGCAAUAUCUCAACUUCAUUGUAUACUUGGUGGCUCAUUCAUUGUAAGGAAUUUCUUUGGGAUCUUCAAGAAUGUUGGAGGGUUAGUUGAAAUGACAGUUUGGAGUCUUGUCGAUGCUAGAUUAUUUAGUUUGACAAUGACAGUAAAAAACAGGGACAUGUAAAUCCCUUAGGAAAAUUUAGGAAGUGGAAGUCAGUGAUGAGCCAUAAUGGGGCAUCGUAGCGAAUUAUCAGCGAGGAUGACCCACCGAAGUAGCCCCGCAAAAGCCUACGACUUUCUUCUGAAAUUUCUUCUGGUGGGUGACAGCGACGUUGGCAAAGGAGAGAUACUGGCCAGUCUCCAGGAUGGAGCCAGCGAGUCACCCUAUGGAUACAAUAUGGGAAUAGACUAUAAGACGACCACCAUUCUGCUGGACGGGCGGCGAGUGAAGCUUCAGCUGUGGGACACCUCUGGACAAGGUCGUUUCUGCACCAUAUUCCGUUCUUAUUCCAGAGGUGCACAGGGUGUAAUCCUUGUUUAUGAUAUUACAAAUCGCUGGUCCUUCGACGGCAUCGACAGAUGGAUCAAAGAGAUUGACGAGCAUGCACCAGGCGUGCCCAAGAUCCUGGUGGGGAACCGUCUGCACCUGGCGUACAAGCGUCAGGUGAGCACCGAGAACGCGCAGGCCUUUGCCGAGCGACUGGGAGUGACGUUUUUCGAAGUCAGCCCGCUGUGUAACUUCAACAUCACCGAGUCCUUCACGGAGCUGGCUCGAAUCGUACUGAUGCGUCACGGCAUGGAACGGCUCUGGAAACCCAACAAAGUGUUGAGUUUGCAGGACCUCUGCUGUCGUUCCAUAGUGUCGUGUACUCCUGUCCACCUGGUGGACAAGCUGCCACUGCCGGUCGCCUUAAAGAGCCAUCUGAAAUCUUUCUCCAUGGCCAACGGCCUCAACGCCAGGAUGAUGCACGGACGCUCCUACUCAGUUAUCGCCAACAACGCCAAGAAGAGGGGCGGGCCGAAAAAAUCCAAACUUAUAUACCCUCCGCUAAGCCCGUCCCAGAGCUGUGCCAGGACCAGCUGCAAGAUUUCAUAGCACCCAACCACGUUGCGUCUGCGCCCUCGAAACACACACCUCUGCUAGGUUCUGUGGCUAAAAGCAGUCGAGCAGGUCGUCAAACAAACGCCGACUACCCGGGACACGCUUAGAACAGCGCUAAUGUCUGGUUAUAGCCGUUCAGGCCUCCAAUUUACACCAACAAGGAAUUCUACACUUCUGUGUUUGACUGUAUCCAAACGUGUUUCUGUGAAGAGAUUGAAUGGACACACAUGAGAGAUUUGUCUCAAAGUGCAGCUGAGCCGUUUUGAAUAUGUUUACAAAAAAAGAAAAAAAAAAGUGUCGUGAUUUCUUUUUCUUUUUUUUGUGUGUGUAAAAAAAAGUGUGUUGAUACUCGGUGGUACUGCAUUUGCGUUUUUGUUCUAGCGCGCUUUUUGUGCGAGGCAAAAGAGAACUUGUUUAAAAGAGCACGUGAAUUGCUAGCGUAGCUCUUUUGAUAACUACAUUUACGAUGUUCUUCGAUAUAACAGCGCUCCACUACGUACCAAACUGAUUAUGAAGUCAUACCAGCUCAAUAUUUGAAUUUGACUUAACUCUGACACUGCAGGGGAAAAUGACAUGAGUAAUGCACCUCUUUGUAUCGUGUAUUAAUGAAGUGUCAUUGUGUUUGAUACUUUGUUGUAAUGAUGAAUAUUGUAUUUCACUUUUGCCGUAACUAAUAUUGUAAUAUUUUGUAUGUUUUCGAUACCAAAGAAGUGAGAUGCGAUUGACUGAAAAAAAAGAGAGCAUUGUAUGAGAGGGCAGGUUGAUUAUUGAUGGACACAACAAUAUUGUUUCAAAUAAACACUGAAAACAAAAAGGA